GCUGAGCCCCGCCCUCCUCCCGGUCAAAGUACCGCUGGGCCUGUUUCCGUGGAUUUGGUUUCCCCCGCUGUCUCCAGCAGAAUUCUGACAGAGGCGGUAAAUACAAACGCUGAAAAUGAGCGUGCAUGCCCCUGGUCCCCGGUACGUGCUGGGUGUGGACAUUGGGACCACCUCCGUGAAGGUGCUGCUAUUGGAAGCUAAGAGCCAGGCUGUAGUUGAGAGCCAGACUCGAGAAACCGGGGCAGAGCUCAGCAGCCCUGAGGGGGAGCAGGCUCGGGAGCAGGAUGUGGGUCAGAUCGUGUCUGCCCUUCACUGCUGUGUCACAGCACUGCCCAGAGAACGUCUCUGCAGAGUGGCAAGGAUCGGAGUCUCGGGACAGAUGCACGGAGUUGUACUGUGGAACGAGGAAGGAUGCAAGUGGCAGGAGACUGAAGCAGGCUUCACCUUCCAGCCUGGGAAGACGAGUCACCUGGUCACGUGGCAGGACGGUCGGUGCUACCAUGCUUUUCUCGCCUCGCUCCCGCAGCCCGACUCCCACCUCGCCCUCGCCUCCGGGUUCGGCUGUGCCACCAUUUUCUGGUACACGAGAAACAGACACCAGUUUCUGCAGAACUUUACUGCAGCGGGGACCAUCCAGGACUACGUUGUUGCUGCCUUGUGUGGGCUCAGGAAACCUCUGAUGUCUGCCCAGAACGCUGCCAGCUGGGGGUACUUUAAUACCAGAUGUGGCACUUGGAAUCUGCGAAUAUUGACGGAGUCAGGAUUUCCCACACGUUUGCUGCCUGACAUUAUGGAAUCGGGUUCAGUGGCUGGAAUGACCUUUCGUGAAUGGUGCGGUGUGCCGAAGGGAACGGAGGUUGGUGUGGCCCUGGGCGACUUACAAUGCUCCGUAUACUCCUGCAUGGCCAACAAGACUGAUGCAGUUUUGAACAUCAGCACAUCUGCCCAGCUGUGCUUUGCCCUGCCACCUGACUUCCAGCCACCAGACUGUCCCAACACCACCAGCAGCAUCGCGUAUUUCCCAUACCUGGACAGGACGUACCUGGCUGUGGCAGCAACCCUCAAUGGUGGCAAUGUGCUGUCCUGCUUUGUCAGCAUGUUGAAACAGUGGAUGCAGGAGUUUGGUCUGGAUGUGCCCGACUGCACCAUCUACUCCCAGGCGAUAACCUCAGCCUUGAGCGUCACCCACACUGAGCUCGUGGUGGAGGCCACCGUGUUUGGAGAGAGGCACUUGCCGGGCCGGCUGGGCUGCAUCACCAACAUCUCCCCUUCCAGCCUCUCGCUGGGCCACGUGACCAGAGCCCUGUGUCACGGCGUCGUGCACAACCUGCACUCCAUGCUGCCCGGCCAGCGGCUGGCCGAGUCCGGGGUGCGCAGGAUCGUGGGCAGUGGCAGUGCGCUGGCCAGGAACCCCGUCCUGAAGCAGGAGCUGGAGAAGAUCUUCACGCUGCCCAUUGUGUACAGGGAGAUGGCCGACUCGGCGGUCGGCGUUGCCAUGGUGAUGCUUGACCGGGUGUAGUUGGGGGUGAAUCCUUGUUCAGUGGGAAUGUGUGUGCAUGUCGGAAUAUGUUUCCGAACCUACUGAUGGAGGAAAGGUUUCACAGGGGUUAUGUCCAAACAUCAAACUCAGCCAUCACCCACGUUGCACGUCUGGGUAUAAAUGGCCGAGAGUUACCAUAGAUCAGGUACCAACCCAAACCAUCUUUCCUGGGUCGUUGAUCUGGUUUAAGACCAUAAGACAUCGAGUUUGCUUCACCAUUCCAUCAUGGCUGACUUAUUAUUCCUCUCAACCCCAUUCUCCUGCCUUCUCCCCGUAACCUUUGACACCCUGACUAAUCAAGAACUUAUCAACCUCCGCUUUAAAUAUACCCAAUGACAUGGCCGCGACAGCUGCCUUUGGCAAUGAAUUCCACAGAUUCACCAUCCCUGGUGAAGGAAAUUCCUCCUCAUCUCUGUUAAUUCCCAUAUUUCUACUUUGAGCCAUAAACAGGGACCACAGAAACAAUCGACAAGAUAUUCUUCGUUAUUUAAUUGUCCAUGUAAGGAAAAACAUUAUGUGCUACUUAACAAAUAAAAAAAGUGCCAGAGAUGUAUUGUUGUCAAACAUACUGAAAUUUCAAUCAGUUCUCGGGGGGGCAGCUGUUAAUCAAGGCAGGGAUACACAAGGUGAGACCGGUAUGCGCUCAUCAGUUUUAUUUAGCGUGCUGUGGGUUACAUUUUGUGGAGUGCUGUGUGCACUCCCCAGACUCACGGUUAGUGUUCCCUGUGCCCAGGACUGAGAGUGUUAGAACACAGAAUGCUACAGCACAGUACAGGCCCUUCGGCCCACAGUGUUGUGCUGACCUUUUAACCCACUAUAAAAUCAAACUAACCUUCCCUCCCACAGAACUCUCCAUUUUUCUUUUAUCCAUGUGCUAAUCAAAGAGCU